AUGUCGAGUUCUCAAGCCGUCUCCCGGACCGAGGGUCCCAGUUCAGCCACCUGGGAGAUGCACAAAGAUACGAUAAAGAACCUUUACAUCAAGGAGAACAUGCCUUUGAAGGAUGUGAUCGACAUAAUGAGAGUCGACCACGGUCUAGUCGCCAGUGUCAAAAUGUACAAAUACCGGCUCAAGACAUGGGGUCUUCGCAAGAACCAACCCAUCAGGCGCAAGACCAGUGGCACCCUUGAUUCCGACUCCAAUCUCUCGUGUGGAAGUGCGCCAGUCACAAGGACUUCAUCUCCUCUCCCUCAUGCACUGUCAACGACAACAUCCUGGGGUAGUCAAGCCGAGACUUCAGGGGCCACCGAGAACAUCCUUAGGUUGCUGAAUCACUACUACAGCAACCUUGACGACCCCUCAACGGUACCAUUUCCACAAGCAACUGCACAAGAACGCUACCAAAUUGUGCGGCAACGCCAAAAAUGCAGUAUGGAAAUGGUACGGGGCUGUGACCCUCACUCGACUACAGAGAUGGUCAUGCUCAACUUCUUCAUGUACCAAGUCACGACUCUGGCCAAGCAGCGCGAGUACUGGCACUUUGUGCACGGCAUCUUCCUCCUGCACCGCUUUUCCCUGAUCCCAGGCAGCGGGCCCUUCGUCACCAUGAUGGUCAAGCAGUACCGCGACGCCCUGCGUAUCUACCUCGAGCCGGGCCACACCUUCGAGCAGAUGUGGUCGCAGGUCGCCGACGAGGUCGACCAGCAGCAGCAGCUCCACGGUGCGCCGUUGCCGGGCGUCAUACCCCUGAGCACCAUCGAGGUCUACCUGCGCUGCGUAGACGAUCACCUGCGCUCCCGCUUUGGCCGCCUCGACUAUGCCUACCAAGAAUCGCACCUGCGCAUGAUCAUCAACGCCUCGCGGCCUCGCGACUACGCCGCCGAGGUCUUUGCCCUAAUCGACGACGCCGGUUUUCCCGCCUCUGACAUGCGUUUCAUCCUCCAGUCCAUUCUCGCCGAGGAGCUGCUGAAGGAGUGCGUGUAUAUUGAGCUGCGGCGCUUCUCUCCCAAUGCAUCGUCGUUGCCUGGCGGUCCUGCCCCGUCCACGCGACCGCCGUCGUUUGAAGAAGCUCCCGAGGAAGACGAAAGCAGCCUCGUGCGGUUCGAUGAGGUCUUCUCCACGGACAGGGAUGCCGUUGAGGUUCUCGUGCGUCUGAUUGGCCGCCUGCAGACUGCUGCUCGAUCGGGCACGGGGCUCGGUCCAGAGGCUUUGCGUCGGAUCAGGAUUGAGGCUGCGAUCGUGAUAUUGCACGCGGAUGACAUGAGCCAAGAUUCGACAAAUAACUCUUAG